AUGGAUUGGUUCUUUUCAUCGUUUCUAACCUGGCUUUGGCCACCUGACCCUUGGUCCCCGUAUCCCAAAUCAAGAGCCAGAAUCCAUUAUAGGGAGAAAACGACCGCGGAGACGACACUGGAACAAAGUGGAGACCUGAACAUUCUACAAAGAUUCCGAUAUGCAGCCCACAGGGACGAUAAAUAUGCCACGCGAAUUCCAAUAAGGCAAUUCUUAGACACAGAACAAGACAUCCGACAUCACACCCAAGAAGAGUUAUUUGCGCGUGAGCAUGACGAUGGAUCGGAACAAAUGAAAACCUGGCUCGAUUAUGUGAAUAAGACAAUCUGGAAACUCACUCGAGAAUGGUGGGAGUAUAGGAGUGAAUUCGGAGAAGGAGUUGUGUCGCGGGCAUUCGACUUGCGGCGGUCACAUCCUGCAUGGUAUAUGCAUGAGGUCCUAGUUGAAGACUGUGUGAGAAAGCAAGGGUGUUGUUCUCGGGAGUGUGGAUGCUGUGCGAAGCGGCAGCUAUCAACACCCCAACUAGCAGCUGGGCAUUGUGCUCUUACGUGUGGAUGUUGCCGAACAGCUCGGGGCUUUGAGCUCACCAAAGAGGAAGAGAAUGAAAUCUACGCGGCCCUUGAUUUCCAGGCAAAUAGGAACUUUUACGAUCGGAUUGAGUUGGCUUCUAUCUGGGGAUUGCGCUUGGAUGACUAUGAGAGCCCCUUUGAUCUCAUUAAGUCAGGACGUGAACAGGUUGAUGAUGGGAAUGGCAAGUUAUGCAGUACUGAUUAUACUGAGAAUCGGGAUGACGACUCUUCAACAACGGAGGAAUCUUGA